UCAGAGGCUCUGUGCUGUUUCCUUUAGCUCGCCUCAUGGUUUCCUCCCAGCCCUUCCUGGGCACUUCGCCCCUUCCUUUGUCCCUCUGCUAAUAAACUCACACUGGGAGCUGGACAGAGAAUGGGGGCAUCAGCAAAAAUGUUGAUGGGGCAGCUCCCAGGCUUCCCUUGGCCGCAGUUUCUCCACCUGGGAGCCAGGUGCAGGCCCUGUGCUCUCAGUGCACUGUGACGGCUCAGCAAGCUGGCCGUGAACACACUCCCCAGCGGCAGACGCAGGAAGCAUCCGCCCCGCUGCCGUGUGGAGCUGGAAAGUCUCUUUCCUGUGGAAUCCAGGAAAAGGGUAGAAGAGAGAGAAAAACAAGCUCAGAGCUGUCCACCCUGGCCCAGGGCCCUCCCUUUCCUUGGGGACACCCCCACGCUGGGAUGGACUAUCGCAGAUAGACAGCUCGGACAGCCACAUGCAUGUUAGAGGACCUGCAUUCGUAAACACAAGUUGCUGCCAGGCCCAGUGCCUCCUGCCCACAAGAGAGCAGCUGUCCCCGAGGAUACGGGGUCUCCCCAGCUGUCUGCUGUCGCCAGGACUGCAGCCCCCCAGGCAGAAGUGCUCAGCAAGCCCCUAUCAUCUCCAAGAAUAAACUCUGAAGCCAGCGACUGCGUGGGUCUGAAUCAUCGGGGAGCUGUCAGAGGAGGGGGAGUGACUUUCCGGGACAGGCAAGCAGACUAUAUAAGCCCCAGAGGGCUGGGCGCUGCUUAAAUCUCUUCCACAGCCACUACCUGCCAGGGAGCAGCUCCCCACAGCACCCACCAUGUCCCAGGCUGGCGCUCAGGAAGCCCCCAUCAAGAAGAAGCGGCCCCCUGUGAAGGAGGAGGACUUGAAGGGGGCCCGAGGGAACCUGACCAAGAACCAGGAGAUCAAGUCCAAGACCUACCAGGUCAUGAGAGAGUGUGAGCAAGCUGGUUCUACUGCCCCGUCAGUGUUCAGCCGCGCCCGGACUGGGGCUGAGACGGUGUUUGAGAAGCCCAAAGCCGGACCCGCCAAGAGUGUCUUUGGCUGAGAAAUGCAUGCCACCCCCCUCACCACAGGCACCACUGCGACACAAGAACUUUUCCCAAGAACUUUUUUUUUCCAAGAACUCUUUUUUUAUGCCAGAACACACCUUCUCACCUGACGCCUUGGGGAAUGCCACGCCUGCCCCACAGCCCUGGCCCCUCAGCCCAGGGACUCUGCACUCACACCUGGGAAAGCACCAAUAAAGAGAAUGCCCAAGUGGCUCCAGC